AUGAAACGGCAUAUUAAAGUGAUACGCGCGAACCAGCUCGAUUUUCGAGAACACACGGGUGGGGAGGGGGGGGGGGGGGGCGGGGGGGGGGGGGGGGGGGGGGGGGGGGGGGGGGGGGGGGGGGGGGGGGGGAGGGGGGGGGGGGGGGGGGGGGGGGUGGGGGGGGGGGGGGGGGGGGGGGGGGGGGGGGGGGGGGGGGGGGGGGGGUGGGGGGGGGGGGGGGGGGGGGGGGGGGGGGGGGGGGGGGGGGGGGGGGGGGGGGGGGGGGCGGGGGACGGGGGGGAGGGGGGGGGGGGGGGGGGGGGGGGGGGGGGGGGGGGGGGGGGGGGGGGGAGGGGGGGGGGGGGGGGGGGGGGGGGGGGGGGGGGGGGGGGGGGGGGGGGGGGGCGGGGGGGGGGGGGGGGGGGGGGGGGGGGGGGGGGGGGGGGCGGGGGGUGGGGGGGGGGGGGGGGGGGGGGGGGGGGGGGGGGGGGGGGCGGGGGGGGGGGGGGGGGUGGGGGGGGGGGGGGGGGGUGGGGGGGGGGGGGGGGGGGGGGCCGCGCAGGCUUGCCGUGA